AUGCGUGGACGAUUGGGAUUCUCACGUGACGGAGUUGACGCACCAGUUGCAGGCUCGGAGCCAGAGGUCUUACAUCGGUUGCUGCCACGCCUACUGCUAUUUGGAAAAUCAUCCGCAGGCAACCCUCCCUCCAGUCCCUUCGCUUAUUCCGACACACAAUCCUCUGCUGUGGGAGAACAGAUAGCAGAUCUGCAUGAGGACGAAAAUGCGCGUGUAGCUGGUGAUAGUGGUAGGGGAGGAGGGGAGGAUAAGGAGGAGCGGGAGGGUGGGGAUGGGGAUGGUGGAUUGGAGAAGAGUCAGGAAGAGCGAGAUGGCGAUGAAGGGAGAUUAGGGGGAGGGGUUGGGGGAGGUGAGGAUAGCAGAGGGGGAGAACCAGCUGAGGCGAGGGGUGAGGGUAGUACAAGCAAGAGUGACAGAACUGAAGGUGAUAACGGCGAGGGGGAAGGGGGUGGAGGCGAAGAGGUUUGGGAACAAGGUGAAGAAAAGGAUUCAGGAGAGGAGGACGGGGAGGACGGGGAGGACUGGGAGGGCGGGAAUGCAGUGGAGGAGGAGGGAAGGGAGGGAGGGGGAGAGGAAGGAAUAGGCGGAGGGGGAGAGGAGGGUAUAGUGGGAGCAGGAGAGGAGGGAGCGGGAGGGGUGGAAGGGGAGGAGCAGCAGCAGGUGGCGCGCGUGUUAGUAGAUCUACAGGCGCUGGUGCUGGUGGGGAAGGACCUCACAGCCACUAUGGAAGAGCUUCUUGUGCUGCUCGUGGCGCUGGUUGGAGGGGAGGAGGGGAGGGGCGCAGGGUGGGAUGGAGGAGUGGCAGGAGGGGUGGGAGAGGAGGAGGCGGAUGUGGGGCUCCAGGAGUUGCUCCGUUCUGAUUGGUUCAAAUCGACAGAGUACUUCACAGUAAGUGUGUUGGUGGAACUGCAGGCGCUGGUGCAUUUUGAGGCGCCUCAAAAUGCUCCGUUCCGACUGGUUCAAAUCAACAGUGUACUUCACAGUAAGUGUGUUAGUAGAUCUGCAGGCGCUGGUGCUGGUGGGGAAGGACCUGACCGCCAUUAUGGAGGAGCUUCUGGUGCUGCUAGUGGCGCUGGUUGGAGGGGAGGAGGGGAGGGGCGCCGGCCGGCACUAGACGCGCUCGCAGCAGGAGCGGCUGUGCUCCUAGUUAUUGACUCAGCUCGUGCUGCUAACCCUGCUGUUGCCCGGGGGAUUGCUGCAUACAACAGAAUGCUUCAGGCAGUGCGUUGUAACAUGGAGGCAUACUCCACGGUGCGCAGCGGUACAACGCGGUGCCAGAAAAAGGGAGGGAGAGGCAGCAGAGGGCAACGCGAAGAAUUCGAGAUGUCUCUGGCGGAGCUGCAGGGGCUGCUGCUGAUGCUCGAGGAAGCAAUAGGGCCGCAAGGCGAACAGGGAACUUUCUUCCAGAGCUGGAAGGAGAGUGUCGCCCGGGCGGUGGGUCCUGCGGCACCACCCCUGCCUGCAGCAAAGGCUGGGAAAGGAGGAAAGGGAAGCAGGGCGAAGGCAAGUGCGGGGCGGCAGGUGCUGAGUGGGCGGGCGCUGUGGCGGCAGCAGCAGAGGUGGCUGCUGCCGCUGUUGGCCCAUCUCAACUCCUCUGCUGAGUCUGCGCUCCAUGCCGUUGCCAGUCACUCCGAGCAGCACAACACGCGUCGCCACUUAGCCGGAUGCAUCGCUCUCUUCCUCUCACUCGCACCCAUAGCAGCAUCGGGCUAUGAGAAGCAACUCAUAAAGGCCACUCCAAGCCUGUUCGAGGCAGUCAGGCUGCAUCCGCUGUUACCUCUCGCCGGACCCCUCCCCCUCUCCGCCUCUCUUCCCCCCCUCCUCGCCCUCCACCUCCCCCCUGCACUUCUGGCGGUUUCUCCUGUGCCCUUCUCUGCCCUGGGGGAGGGCAAGGGCGGGGGGAAGGCGGGAGCGAAAAGGGCAGGGGGAAAGAGGGAGGUGAAAGCAGGGAAGGGAAGUGCGGAGGGGAGGGGGAACGGGGGAGAGAGUGCGCGCGGAGUGAGGGAGGUGUGUGAGGAUAUACUGAGAGGAGCAUUGCAUCGGGCUAAUGACGACCUGCCAAGGCUCGCAUCAGCCUUCCCUCCCCUAGCAGGCUCUCUGUCCGCAGCCCUCAGGCUCCCCCUGAACCUGUCUUUGCUGUGCGACUCGUUGGAGGAGGCGGUGGGGAGUCAAGUGAAGUUGGUGCAGCAGACUCUUGCCGUCACGUGCAACGCGAGGCAUCAGGUCCAGACCUUGCUUGAUCUGCAUACCAGCCUGCAGGUGUCUCUCAAGAGGCGUCAGAUUGUGCUCGUGGCUGCGGUGCUGCAAGCAAUCAAGCAAGUGGAGUCGGCUGUGGCAGCAUGCCUCCCCUCGCUCUCCCUCCACCUGCCUCUUUACCAGCAGCACCUGCUGCGGCAACUCAAUGCUGCCUUGCUCCCUCUUCAGAUGGAUCAGCUGGCGAAGCUACCCCGGCCACCUCCCUCGCAAACACAUCCAACUACAGGAGAUGUGGAAGGAGGGAGCGAGGCGAUGGGGGGAGGAGGGGGUGGGAUAGAGGGCGAGGUGGCAGGCCAUUCAUCUUUGUCGGUUGCAGGCCAUUCAUCAUUGUCGGUUGCUUCUCUGCUUGCUUCAGCGCCCCUGCCUGCUGUCUCCCUCUUCCCAUGGAGCAACAAGGCUGCUAUGGAUACCCACAAGAAGCUUGUCAACUCCAUUGCCACUCCGCUCAUCCAACCCAACUCGCUCCAGUCCCUGAUAGACGCGUUCUUGGAUGGGGCCCGGCUGCUGCUCCUGCAGCCACACACGCAGGAAAGAGAUGGGAAGCAGCCGAAAGGGCUUACAGGGAGAAAGAGCGGCAGCCGGACCGUCUCUUGGGGUGACGUUUACAGUGUGGAGAAUCAACUGGAGUCUGCGUUGCUUCAGUCAUUCCUUCGUCCCCUCACUCGAGACGUUAUCGCAGACCUCCAUCUGCACGCCAUCUCCCACUCCGAUCUGCACUCUGCCAAUCCGCGCUUCAACCCCCGCAAGACAGGGGUGCGCAACCUGCUGCAAUUUCUGCAGCUGUUACCCAUCCGCCUGCUCUCAAGGCAGAUCGACAUACAAGCACACGUCACACAAGCACUGGCAGCCUCCCUCUACAAUCACACUGCAGCCGCUCCUGCCAACUGGAAGCUAGGCGAAGACGUGAGACAGCUGGCGGCAAGCAAAUAUCGGCUGCUUCUGCCACCGAUUGCCAUAGGGGGAGGCCUGGCAUUCAAACUCCAUAGCACCCCAACUUCCUCCUCCACCUCCUCUCCUGCUCUGCCUUUUUCACUCCUCCACCCUCCCUCUCUCGCUGCCAAUCUCCCCUUCUUCGCCUCUGCCUUCUCUUUUGACCUUUCCACCCUAACCUUCCACCAACGGCCCUCCACCCUGGCCAGCUUCCACGAAGCUUCCUCACCCACCCCUUCCACCCACCAUGCUGACUCAUCACCGCCGUUCUCCUCGUCGCACGGGCCUCGGUCACUCACGCUGCGCCAGCUGUCCUCUCUCCUCCAAUCCACGCACGCCAUGCUGUUCCUCCAGCACGCCGCCACGUCAGCGUGCAAGCUGAUAGCGGGGAAGCUGUCGCACCUGUCUCGACUGUUCUUGCAUGACAGAGCUCACUCGCUGCUGUUGCAGUCAAUGAAGCAAAUACAGCAACAGCAGCAGCAUUUGCAGCAGCAACGAGGAAACCAACAGCAGGAAAGCCAAGCUACUGGUUUGGCUGUUUCAGCCAACACUGCUCCUGCUGCUUCUGCCGCUCCUGGUGGUGCUGGUGGUAAAGGCUCUACUGGUGGCACUGGACCGGGUGUUGGAGUACAUCCUACUUCUGAGACUGUCGCUGGCAUGGAAUUGACAAUGGAGGCGGUAGAUGAGCUCAAGAAU